AUGGAUGUCGCAAGGAAACCAACUAUAGGGCAAGAGUUUGAGAGUCUUGAACAAGUAUGGCGAUUUUGGUGUGAAUAUGGCAAGCUGUCAGGAUUUGGAGUCAGGAAACAAUAUUUUAACAAGCAAAAGGUAGAUGGUGUCAUUACGGGUUGCAGAUAUGUUUGUUGUAAAGAGGGACAUCAACAAGAAGAUAAAAGAAAACUCCAAGUCACAAAACAUCAACCAGAAACUAGAACUGAAUGUCUUGCAAGGAUAUCAUUGUCUUUGACAAACAACAACAAAUAUGUCAUUCGUGAGUUUGUUGAAGAGCAUAAUCACCCAUUACAACUUCCCGAAACAAUGCAUAUGCUUGCUUCACAUCGUAAUAUAACUGAAGUCCAAACUCAUGAAAUUGAUUUGCCUGAGGCUUUUGGAUUGCGACAAAAGGCAUCAUCUCAACUAAUGACUACACUUGCAGAACACCGAGCUAAUGUUGGGUAG